GUUUGGACUUUAGCUGCUGCUGCUUGUUCUUUGCCUUUCUGCCCAAUCCAUCGAAUCGGACCAAUUUGUGAAGCGAAUUCGGACCUCUGUAGCCUGUCACGCUGCGGUGGAAAUAACGCCACUCCUUGUUCCACUCCCAGUUCACAGUCCCCGACUGUCGCUCCUCCCGACCGUGUUGUCUGAUCCAUCGCUCCCCAAUCAAAUAUUCACUAAAAGAGAGAAAAAAGGAAAAACUAUGGAUAAAGCGGAUCUUAUCCAGAAGGCCAAGCUGGCAGAACAGGCCGAGCGUUACGACGACAUGGCCGAGUGCAUGAAAGUGGUCACGGAGAAGGGCGAAGACCUGACGAACGAGGAGCGGAACCUGCUGUCCGUUGCCUACAAGAACGUGGUGGGGGCCCGGCGGUCCUCAUGGAGGGUGCUCUCCAGCAUCGAAGGCAAGUCCGAGACCAGUGAGAAGAAGCUUCAGCUGGCUAAGGAAUAUCGGGAGAAAGUGGAGAAUGAGCUGCAGGUCAUCUGCAACAACGUUUUGACACUGCUGGACAAAUAUUUAAUUGGAAACUCCAUACAACAAGAGAGCAAAGUGUUUUACCUAAAGAUGAAGGGGGAUUACUAUAGAUACCUCGCUGAGGUUGCCUCCCCAGAGGAGAAAUUGACGAUCAUCGAGAACUCACAGCAGGCGUACAAGGAAGCGUUUCACAUCAGUAAGACUGGCAUGGACCCCACACAUCCCAUCCGCUUGGGUCUGGCUCUUAACUUUUCAGUCUUCUACUACGAGAUCCUCAACUCUCCAGAAAAAGCUUGUGAACUCGCUAAAAAGGCGUUCGACGAGGCUAUCGCCGAGCUCGACCAACUAAACGAGGAGUCUUACAAAGACAGCACCCUCAUCAUGCAGCUCCUCAGAGACAAUCUGACACUAUGGACAUCGGACACCGCUGGUGAAGAGGGCGAUGCCGGAGAAAGAGGUGACUGUGGCGAAACUGAGAACUAAAAGAAAAAUAGUCCUUGUUCUCCAAAAACAAAAGGAUUUAUAAAAAAAAAAAAAAAAAAAAAAAAAAACUUUUUACACAUCCGUCAUUCCUUAUUGCUCCGAUCCAACAUUCUUCCAAUGAAACCAUUGCUGGAAAAAAAAAAUCAUGUGAUCAUGGAGGUGGAAAAAAAAAGUAAAAUUGGAGAAAAAAAGAAAACGAUUAGGAUGAUCUGUAAAAGUAAAACCCUCCAUUCCUUGGUUUGUGUGUGUCCUGGCCUUUUCAGUAUGUGCAAUUUCAGCUGUAGAAGAAUUGAUAGCUUGACAUAUUACGCUGUUUCCUAAAGUUAGAGGCAGAAAUCCUCAAAGUCCCUACAUCGAACUGGAAGUUCAACCUCUGAGGAAGAUUUUGUUUCCAGGUUAUCUUAGAUUCCUCUUCCUGCUCUGUCUUAAAAAAAAUAAAAUAAAAUAAAAUAAAAAAACACACACACAAUCAUGUGGUACGGUUACAGCGUCUGAAAUUCCACUUCAGAUAGUUUUCAUGCUGCAGGGAAUGCCAGUGUUCCACGCAUGCUGGCAGCAAAUAGUAGUGCCCAUUGGAUUCAUCCUCACUUUGAUGCCACUCUUUCACUGAAGCAUGUCUGUUUGGGGGAGGGGGGAAUUGUGGGGGCUUCACUGACUGACUCGCCGGGACCUUUCAAAUGGGAAGAUGAAGACAAUUCUGUCAUUGCAUGUCUCGAGAUAUUACACUGGAAUGGGAACAAAUGCUGUAACACACAAGUUCAAUUGUCAAGUUUAAUCUUUUUCAAUGCAGGUUUGUACACAUCCUAAAAGAGGGUGGUCUGUUUGUCUGUCCAGUGAUUGUCAUGAGAGAUUUGGACCACUAUUGUUUUGCUUUUCAUUCAAUUGUAGUCCCCUAAAGCCUUGUGGAACCGUUUGAAUCCCUGUGUAACAGCUAUGUUAACAUGAAUAAAUCAUUUUAUAAACCA